AUGUCUUCUUUUCACGAGGUUCAAGAGCAACUUCUUUUGAGUUAUGAGGACGGUAUGCUAGAUGAAGAUGAGUUUUUGCUACUACACGAGCAAUUUAUGCCGACAAAUCCCAAUUUCUCGUACGAGGAAUGCGACAGGUUUUCCCUCGAUGAGAUGAACGAUGCCGAGUGCUUGGCAGAGUUUAGAUUUAGAAAGCACGACUUGCAAAUUCUCUCAGAGGUUCUUCAAAUACCUGAUAGCUUCAGAUGCUAUCAAAGAAGUGUUGUUGACGGAAUGGAAGGUCUCUGCAUUCUUCUUAGAAGAUUAAGUUAUCCCUGCAGAUACAGUGACAUGAUUUCUCGAUUCGGACUGCCAGUACCAGUUCUCAGUAUGGUCAGUAAUGACGUCUUGGAUUUUAUAUAUAACACUCACAGACAUCGCAUAACACAGCGGAACCACAAUGUGCUUAAUCCAGCUGCAUUACAGAUUUACAGUAACGUUAUUUCCGGCAAAGGAGCUGCUUUACAUAAUUGUUUUGGGUUCGUUGAUGGGACCGUUCGACCCGUAUGCAGACCAGGAGAGCACCAAAGAGUCAUCUACAACGGCCAUAAGAGGGUUCACGCUCUAAAAUUCCAGUGUGUGGCUCUACCCAAUGGUUUAAUUGGUAACCUAUUUGGUCCAGUGGGUAAGUUUUGCAGGGAGUGUUUGUACAAAGAGAGAGUGGGCGAUUUCAAUUUCACUAUGUUUUUAACAAGACAUAUUGGAAGGGUAAAGAGUGAGAGGCUUAUGUGA